AUGAAUAGACAAUAUGUGUUGCCAAAGUAUCAGGAAAUAUUGUUGGACUAUAUGGAGAAAGUGAGGAAGACUAUUCCCAAACAGUAUCCUUCCUUCAAAGACUUUUUGAACAAAAUGAUUGAUCUUGUGAAAUGUGAACGUCUGCCGAAAUUGGGUAAGCACAAUGUGGUUUUCAGAUUGACGAUCAAUAUGAGAUAACCAAAACUCACUUAAUUGGCCUUGUCCACCUUAUUUAGAUUGGUUUCAAAUGGUUUUAUCGAUGGCAGAAUAGAGGACACUUCACAAGAAUUCUAUACUGAUGAAUUUUCAGAACUCUUCAAUGAUUCCAGUUAUAACAAAGGCGAAAAAAGAACAAUCAUGGAUGUCCUAAUCAAUUCAGUAACAUCCUGUCUAUUUGAUAAGGAUGAGAUCAUAAUCCAAGGUCUAAAGUUGUUGGUUGCAUUCGUUCUGAAUCCCUAUUGCUAUGUAACAUCACAAAACCUCACCCGAAUUGUGAGGACGAUAAUCUUCUCAUACACUCGUUCUAGAACACAGAACGUCGAUAGAAAUACCAAGAAUAUGCUCUAUCAGAUUAUCAAUUACACAUUCUAAGCUGUGGAAGGAGAAGUUUUCACAAUUUAAAGAAACAAACGUAGAAUGUCUAUCAAAGAAGAUUCAGUCUAAAAAUUAACCCAAUUGGUCAUGCUCCAACUGGUCGAUAUGGUAUGUUUGAAUAAGACUUCAUUGGAUUUCUCUCCUCAAUCCAACAUCUUAAACGAAAAAAAACAACCUGCAGGCUACUUUGGUUAUUGUGUGAUGUGUAGAAAAUCUGCCAAUCUCUAUUGCAAAGAUCAUAGAGUGCCUAUUUGCUCUUUCAUUUGCAAGCGUCAACACCAAGAAUAUGUAGAACAAGCUUAAAGUACUUACAGUGGAGCUGUGAAGUAAUUCGAAGAAAACCUUGAUUGUGCAUUACAAUUGUAUGAUAGCUUAUGCAAUCUAUUACUUAACAAAACAACCUUAGAAUAAGCUAAAAACUAACAGAUCAUUCUUGAGUGUCUCUUGUAUAUUCUUGAAACUCCUGACUUUGUCUUGAGUAAAAAUGAAAAGUUCAUCAAAACAACCAAAGAAAGAUUGUGCAAUCAACUAUUAAAGUAUUGUUUAGAAACCGAGAAAACCUUGUAUCAGUUUAGUUUCAGGAUAUUUUAACGAUUAGUCAACAUCAUGAGAAAAAGCAUUAAAUACGAAAUGGCCAUCUUCAUCAAUUAAAUCUAUUUAAACAUACUUUUAAGUGCUAAUUCAAAUGUAUUACACAAGCAAACUGCACUUGAGAGUUUAUGCAGUAUUUUGGAAAGACCAAAGACUGGAUUGGAAUUUUAUAUCAAUUACGACUGUCAUACCAAGCAUGAGUGUUUGAUGUCCAAAAUCAUUAAUACCUUCUAUGAGAUUAUCGUGAUCUCCAUAUAUCAAAAAGCAGAAUACCAAAUUCAAACUCAAUAAGAAAUUCUUUUAAAACACUUGGCCAUCAAGGCUCUAUCCUAUGUUAUGGAUGGUUUAAAUAAAGUGUUUGACAAAUUUAUCAUCACUCCCUCUGAAGAAAUUGGAUCGCCGUCAAUGGAAGAUCAAAAUGCCAAUCUCAACGACAAUACGACUGUGAUGUACAUCAAUCCAAUCGAAAUACAGAGAUAACUGAAAUAGGAAAUCAUGAAAGGAUGUUAGCUCUUCAAGAAGAACCCUGAUAAAGGAAUCAAAUACCUCCUAGAUGCCUAGAUCAUUUAGAAUGAUGCAAAAGAAAUCGCUAAGUUCUUCAGAGAAAAUUAGCAACAAGUAAGCAAAGAUGCCAUCGGAGCCUUCCUAGGAGGACAUCAACAAUUAAACAUCAAAGUCUUAAGUGAAUUCACUGAUCUCUUGAAAUUCAAGGACCUCACCGUUGAAUAAGCCUUAAGGUAUUACCUAGACUAAUUUACACUACCAGGAGAAGCCAUGUAAGUAGAUAGAGUAGUCUAAAAAUUCUCAGAUAGAUAUUACAAAGAAAACCCAAAUUCAGCCUUCAAAUCCAGUGGCAGCAUUUACACCUACUGUUAUCUAUUGGUCAUGUUACAAACUGAUUUGCAUAAUCCCUCAGUUGCAGAAAAGAUGAAGUUGAGUGAUUUUCAAAAAUUGGCAAGAUCUAUCAACGACGGCGAUGAUCUACCAUAGGAUUACUUGACUCAAACUUACAAUUCCAUUCUGAAAUAGCCCUUGGCUGUAAGAGAAAAGGAGAAAAGCCGUGUGUUCAUGAAAGAAUCUCUAACUCAAAGUAUAAGAAAGAAAUAGGAUUUAUUUUAGAGGGAAAAGGAAGCUCUACUUAAAUAAGGAAGUGAAUUAAUUAAAACCAAACAAGAUUCACAUGAGACUCUUUAUUAGAUUAUUAAUUAGGAUAUGGCCUAUUUAAUCAAACCAUUUUUGGAAUGCAUAGGCAAGCCUUCCUUUGAAAUGUUCUUAUUCGUAUUCAACAAUGAUUAAAUGGAGUAAGCCUCAAAUCAAUGCAUUCAAGGGUUAGUCUUGUUUAUUAAGUUAUGUUCUUUUUUUUCAAUUCCUCUGCAGGAUUACAUGAACACUUUAAUAAAGGCUACCAGACUUAAUUAAGGUUAGAUAUCAAAUAAACAUAUCAAUUUGAUUAAAUAAAUCUUGUAAACCGUUCCCUUAAUUGGAAAUGGACUAAGGGAGAACGGAUGGAAAAGUAUUUUGAAAAUGAUUAGCAGACUUGAUGAGAUGAGAAUGAUAUAGCAAUCCAAGGAUAAUGUUGAUGGAUAAACCAUUGCCAUUUUGCCUGAAUUAUUAUUGGAAUCAGAUCUAAUUGAUAAGAUUUUUGUGUAAUCGAAACAAUUAGACGAUGAAGCAAUUCAGGAAUUUAUUAAUGCCCUAUGUUUUAUGUCCAAACAAGAAAUAUAUCAAACUCAUCCACGUCUCUUUUGUCUGUAAAAGUUAGUGGAAGUUUGUGAUUACAAUAUGAAGAGGGUAAGUUUUGUAUGGACUAAAAUGUGGAAUAUAGUGAAGGAUCAUAUUAACGAAGUGGCAGUGAAGGAAAAGAAAGUUGCAAUGUUCACAGUAGACUCACUAAAAUAGUUAAGCAUUAAAUUUCUUUAGAAGGAUGAAUUAUAUGAUUUUUAAUUCUAAAGAGAUGUCUUAAAACCCUUUGAAACUAUAUUUUUAUAGUCUAAUUUAGAGGUCAAAGAAUUCAUACUUUCUUGUAUCAAUCACAUUGUCUUAAAUCAUAAACAUAACAUCAGAUCUGGAUGGAGAAUGAUCUUCGGUUUAAUAGCAUUAGGUUUGAAAGAGGACAAUGACAAGAUUUGUAAAAUUGCCUACCAGAUACUCUCCUAAAUCAUGGAACAUAAUCUAGAUCUAUUGUAAGAUGUGUUUAUCGAUCUCAUUCAGACACUAAAGGUUUUAGCAGGCAAGAAUCAAGAAGACAUGGCGUUGGCAUCCAUUGAUUUUACUAUCAAAUGUUUAGGAUAUCUAUCAAAACAAGCAUAGAUAACACCCAAACUCAACUGGAACGAAUUUGAAGAACCAGAAGCUACUGUUCGUAAUGCAUCCACAGCAGUUUAACUUGAAAAGAUAUGGAUUCCCCUACUUGGAGUACUCUCAGGACUAGCAGGAGAUAAGAGAAACAAAAUAUAGGCAAAGUCAAUGGAAGCCUUGUUUGAAUCCUUAUAGCAAUUCGGAUAUGCCUUUAGUGCAGAAUUUUGGAAAAUGGUCUUCAGUACUGUACUAAGACCUAUUUUUGAUGAAAUUCAGUUUACUUUCCAAUAAAAUCAUAUAGUGGCCAACGCCAACAAUGAUUGGUUUAAGGAUUCGUGUAAAAAGGGUUUCUCUUUAAUCAUCAACUUAAUGAAGCGGUACUUUUAGAAAUUAAGAGGGUUGCUAUCUGAGUUUUUAAAACUAUUUGAAAAUUGUAUUCAAAAUUAAAAUCUCAAAUUGGCUAAAUAUAGCAUUCUUUCAGUUAAGAAUAUGACACUUAAAAUUGGAAUGAUGUUUAAUGAAGAAGAAUGGGAAUAAAUUGUUUAAUUCAUUGAUAGGAUGAUUCGAUUAACCACACCUACUAAACUAUCAAGUUUUGCCAAUCAAUCCUUGACUUCAAGUAGAAUGAGGAAUAUGAUAGAAGAUUGUUUCAUUUAAUUCACUUCUUAACUUUUAAUGAUCUAAAUAAGUAUAGAGAUCUUACAACAUUUCAAUCAAAAGUUAAAUUUGCAAUAAUUAUAAACAAUUGAAAAUACAUUCCUAUAUUCCUAUUAAUUUGCUGUCCAAUUUAAUUAAUAGAUCGAUCAAAGAUAUCUAAUAUGGAAGUAAGGAGUCUUGCAAGACAUGAAGUCCUUGCCUGGUCUGCUCAAAUAGGAACGAGAAGCUUAUGGUUGCAUGAUCAUCAUCAAAAAGUAUAAGUUGAAGAACCAUAACAUUUUCGAUUUUGACUCCUUGAUUACACCAAUUGAUAUUUUUAUUAAGAAGCAUGAAAUGAUUCGAACGAACACCCAAUUCCCUGAGGAAUAGGACUAGUAGAUGCAAAAAUUAAGACUAUAAGAAAUUGAAAAAGAUACUUAAAAUUAUAGACAAUUAUUGGAUACUUAUAUAUUACCUACACUUUGCGAAUUAGAUGAUGAACAUUUAAAACAAAACAACUAAUAGUUAUUCUUAAUUUUAUUAAAGGCCUUAAGCUAUUCAAAUGACUCCAUCAUCUGUAAAGACUGUGUUCGAUGUUAAAAAUGUUUAUAAUAAGAGAAGAGCAAUUUAGAUCAACAAAUUCUUUAAUUAGUUUAAAAAUUAUAUGAUUUGAAAUGA